AUGAAGGCCAUUGAAAGCGAAAUAUCUCGGUCCUCUCCAGCUUCCCCAAAAGAGACAAAUCGCGAACCUCGGCUCUUCUGUUUUUCCGGCGGCCGAAAGUUGACCGGAAAGAAUGACGCCCAAAGAAACGAACGAACCGCCAUCACCACCAACCACCGGAGCGUCGUCGCAUCUUCUCAGCUCGGAGACCUGGUGGGACUGUUCAGAAACGCCAAACGAAGCACCCCAACUAUGCCUUCCACCAACCAUUCGAUUAAGGUGCCUCCGGGCCCGCCAUUGUACAGAUUCGCUGCCACUGCUCUUGGAGCUAGCAUGUGGUUCUGGUUGAUGUACCGUGCUAAGAAAGACGGCCCUGUCCUCCUCGGCUGGAAGCACCCAUGGGACCAUUAA